AUGCCAGGAGGUAGAAGGGGCUUAGUUGCUCCUCAAAAUACGUUUCUGGAAAACAUCAUCAGGAGAUCCAAUUCGCAACCGGACAGUAGUUUCUUGUUGGCCAACGCCCAGAUAGUGGACUUUCCUAUCGUCUACUGCAAUGAGGCCUUCUGCAAAAUCAGUGGGUACAACAGGGCCGAAGUCAUGCAGAAGUCGUGCAGAUGCGGCUUCAUGUUCGGUGAGCUGACGGACAAAGAGACGAUAGCUCGCGUCGACGCUGCUCUCGAGAACCAGCAGCACGAUCAGUUCGAAAUUUUACUCUACAAGAAGAACAGUACUCCAAAAGAAACUCCACUAUGGCUACUUUUGCAAGUGGCCCCUAUCCGCAACGAAAGGGAUCUCGUGGUCCUGUUUUUAUUGACGUUCAGGGACAUCACUGCUCUAAAACAACCGAUAGAUCAGGAAGACACCAGGGGAGGUUUAUCAAAAUUUGCAAAACUGGCUCGAAGUGUAACGCGAUCGAGGAGCGUUUUAGCGAGCCAAUUCAGCGCUCACCUGCCGGCGCUAAAAGAUCCGGCACAAAAAUCACAUCUAGCCCAUAUGAUGUCUUUGAGUGCGGAUGUGAUGCCUCAAUACCGACAAGAAGCUCCAAAGACACCUCCUCAUAUAUUGUUACACUACUGCGCCUUCAAAGCAAUAUGGGACUGGAUCAUUUUAUGUCUUACAUUUUAUACAGCCAUUAUGGUACCAUACAACGUAGCCUUCAAAAACAAAACAUCAGAAGAUGUUUCAUUACUAGUGGUGGAUUCCAUAGUCGAUGUUAUAUUUUUUAUAGAUAUCGUAUUAAAUUUUCACACCACAUUUGUUGGCCCGGGAGGUGAAGUAGUUAGUGAUCCAAAAAUAAUUAGAAUGAACUAUUUGAAAAGCUGGUUCGUUAUAGACUUAUUAUCUUGCUUGCCAUACGAUGUCUUCAAUGCAUUUGAUCAUGAUGAAGAUGGUAUAGGUUCGCUGUUCAGUGCCCUGAAAGUAGUCCGACUUUUGCGACUGGGAAGAGUUGUCCGAAAACUGGACAGAUAUUUGGAAUAUGGUGCUGCUAUGUUGAUUUUGCUGCUCUGCUUCUAUAUGCUGGUAGCACAUUGGCUGGCUUGUAUCUGGUACUCCAUUGGCAGAUCGGAUGCCGAUAAUGGGGUUCAAUAUUCAUGGUUGUGGAAGUUGGCCAAUGUGACGCAAUCUCCUUACUCAUACGUGUGGUCCAACGAGAGCGGGGGCCCUGAGUUAGUAAACGGCCCUUCGAGAAAAACUAUGUACGUCACUGCACUUUAUUUUACAAUGACGUGCAUGACUUCAGUCGGAUUCGGAAACGUUGCUGCAGAAACUGACAACGAACGAGUUUUCACCAUAUGCAUGAUGAUCAUAGCAGCACUACUAUACGCCACUAUAUUUGGUCACGUGACAACAAUAAUACAGCAGAUGACUUCAGCAACUGCCAAAUACCACGACAUGUUGAACAAUGUGAGGGAAUUCAUGAAACUCCAUGAAGUUCCAAAGGCACUCAGCGAAAGGGUCAUGGACUACGUUGUCAGCACCUGGGCAAUGACGAAGGGAUUGGACACCGACAAGGUUUUGAACUACUGCCCAAAAGACAUGAAAGCUGAUAUUUGUGUGCAUCUGAAUAGAAAAGUCUUCAAUGAGCAUCCAGCAUUCAGAUUAGCUUCUGAUGGCUGUUUAAGAGCAUUGGCUAUGCAUUUUGCAAUGUCCCAUAGUGCCCCUGGAGAUCUUUUAUACCACACCGGAGAAAGUAUAGAUUCCUUAUGCUUUAUCGUGACUGGAAGUUUAGAAGUUAUACAAGAUGAUGAAGUAGUCGCUAUUUUAGGUAAAGGUGAUGUUUUUGGUGACUCGUUUUGGAAGGACAGUGCUGUUGGCCAAUCAGCAGCUAAUGUGCGAGCAUUAACAUACUGCGAUUUGCACACCAUAAAACGUGAUAAAUUACUACAAGUUUUGGACUUCUACCAAGCCUUUGCCAACAGUUUUGCCAGAAACUUGCUGCUCACAUAUAAUUUAAGACAUCGACUCAUAUUCAGAAAAGUGUCAGACGUCCGACGUGAGCGAGAGUUGGCAGAAAGACGCAAAAAUGAGCCUCGUCUGGACCAAACCCAAGAUCAUCUGGUUCGAAAGAUUUUCUCGAGAUUUCGAAGGGACAGGAGUGUUCAGGGUACUGGCGAUGCUGAAAAAGGUGGAGGAACCACCACUGACGAUGACACGGGGGUUGCCGGCACGGGUGGUACCGGCGGUGGAGGUGCGCAGAGGAAUGGAAAGAGCUUGCAAUCGAAACUUAGUACAGAGAGAGACGAUUCAACAGCCAGUUCACCUGUUACAUCACAACCUCCGCAAACUGCAACAGCUGGUUCGAAACCGAGAACUGCAAAAGGUACGGGUGCGGGAGGUGGAACGGGCGCAGGAACCUCAACGGCUGGCGUUGGUUCCAAAUGGUCCCGACUAUUAGGUUCCUCAAGUCUGGACUCGACUUCUGGUGCCGCAAGCGGAGGCGGUGACCGAAGCAGCGCAGGAAGUGAUCGCCAAAGUUCGGCGAGGCAAAGAGGCGACGAAUCAGGAGGAGGCCCAGCUGCUGGUACUGGGGGCGAAAAGAAAGGACAAACAAACAAGGUUUGCGAAGAUAGUAAGGAGAAGAACCAAAGCAAACCGAGACAACGCCGAGACUCGUUGCUAGUGUUUCCAAAAGCCCCAAAGGUUUCACAAGCCAGAGACGCCUUAAACCUAACAAGGCAGGAUACCAUUCAACAUUACGGUUUGCGUGAUCGUCCACCAGUUGUCCGCAGUCAAGAAGUAUAUGACGGUGGAUUGAGGGAACCCCCUUCGCCAAAUUCACAAAUGCCAAUACAAACUACCCUUGUACAGGCGCCCCCUUUGUGUUCGCAACAACAUAGAGAAGUUAUGGCACAAUUAUUAGAAAUUAAGACGGAUGUAAAACUGGAAGUACAAAGACUGUCGAGUCGAAUGUCCCGUCUUGAAGAACUUCUAGCCGAAUUAAUAUCAUUGAACAAAAGCGAAACAAAAAGCGAACCCUCUCCUGAACCUAUAGAAUCUCCAGUAGACCAAUCCAGUACUAGUACAACGCGUUUAGGACCCUUAGUGUUAAGGAAGCGACGAUCGAAGCGCUCCGGAGCGACUUCGGCAGCGACCUCAUCCAUCGCCACUCUGACGUCACCCGUCACCAUGACGUCGGUUAUGGGUAUAACCUCACCGGUAACCAUAGUUGCGUCGAGCGGGACAUCCAGACAACAGGCCCAAAGUAGUGUGGCUUCAGAUAGUCAACCAAGUAGUCCUACAGAAUCUGCAAGACUUUUGGACGAAACAACUACAAGUGAUCAACCUUCUAGGCGAAAACGUGACUACCUGUAA